UUGCUGUAUAUUUAAGUGGUAUUAAUCUAAGUUACUGUGAAUAUAAAGUAUCAGCUCUGCGGUUUGAACAGGAUGAACUCGCAACAACUAGGGAGUGGUGACGCUAGCUGUUAGCUGAAGCUAGCUGGUUAGCUGAAGCUAGCUGGUUAGCUGAAGCUAGCUGGUUAGCUGAAGCUAGCUAGUCGCUAACCGGAGCGCUAUAUGAUCAAAACGCAAGCGUCACUAUGAGGUUAGCUAAAGUAAUGAGUGCAGAAAACACGACAACCAAUCUAGUGAAUGAAAUAAUUGGCUAUGUUUGCUGUUAUUAUUGAUAUAGACCCCUGUAGAUGGAGGUAGACAAUCAUAGACCCAUUGAGAACUGCGAAAGUCGCAACAAAAUGAAAAUCUGAGUCUAUUAAUAUAGAUUAAUAUUAUCUAAUUCGUUGUUUUAUGUUUUGAAUGGAUGUGCAAAUGUUCAGAAGACUCUGGGACUGUGUUCCGAGCACGUUUAGGUUGCGCAGAGUCAUUAACACAGAGCUACAACGAUAUUCAAUCAAAUGUCAAGCAUUGUGUUCAACACUGCUGACGUUGUUGUUGGGCUGUGUAGACAUUACAACGGUGUAAUACGCACACAGGUGUCUCCAGGUAGAGCAUCGUGCCUAACCUGAGGAGUACCACGUAGAACAGAGAUCUCUCUGCAUCAGUAGCGACAUUCAGGCGGACAGUUUUCAAACAACCAGUGGUGGGAGAGCAGCCCUCCGGCAGCUGGUGUCAAAUGGUACGAUGGAGGACUGGAGACGUUGACAUCACCCUCCUGGUUGUCCCAGACCACUGCCACACCCUCCUUGAUGGCCGGCUCUCCUUUGUGUCUGACGGUGACGCAAACGGGGUUGUUGGAUUGCUGUUUUUGGAGGAAACAAGAGGAGGAUAAACUGAUCUAAUGGUAUCAGACUUCAUCAAGUAGACAGGAAAUGCGUGUCUAUGGAGAUUGCACAGACAUCAACCACUGGCUUGUUGAUGCACCCACUGCAGUCUGCCUUUUUUGCCAUUUCCUAUGCUCGUGUUUUAUUAUUAUAAUGCCAACAAGCACCACACCCUCUCCCGAAGGGUCUGUUUCCAUAGCGUGUGCAAUGUUUUGUAGCUGCAUUUGUGUAUUUCCCUCUCAGAUUUUCAGAAAGGUUGUAUGACAAACAUGCAAUUUUCAAGAAGCAAAUAGCAGCCUAGUAAGAGUUUUUAUCCAGCCAUAAAGUCAAUACGAUUCUAUGUGCAAUCACACUUGGCAGCAGCAAGUGUACACUCUGUGCACACAAUUAAGGAUUAUUCAAUGUAUCCUCUGUUUGGCGAUCGGUGUGCAAAAGCACAAUCGUCUGGAAUGGCGGUAGUGAUGGUAGGAGGAGAUGAGGAGAAAGGGGGGAAAAAACGGGGGCCUGAAUGAUGAUGGUGUGAUAGCUUGAGGCUUCUCUGGAGAUGAAGAGUGAUGACGAGUGGAGCUCUGCAUAGACAAACUCGACAGGCAAGAUGGCCCAGAUUUCCACCGCUGGGAAGGAAAUAAAGCAGAGUCCACAAAGUUGUUUAUUUAAACACAGAGCUGUCCUUUAUAACACUGUAGGCUCCUCUGGAGCAUUUGCAAUACAACGUGCCCUGUGAUCCCUGUAAGGAUGAGUCAUCGAACUUUUCUGUGAAAUUUUGUUCCUGAUCCAUUUCAUCAGAACAAUGUCAAAUUAAGACUUGUCUAUUUAGUUGGUUUUUGAAAAGAUUUGUUUUAAUUAGUAAACAAUAUUUUAAUGAUAUGAGGUUUAAAGAUUAUUUAGUAUUGUAUCGUAUUUUCUGAGGUAUGAUCUUUACAGUCCACCUGUCACUUUGAAGGUGUUUGCUGUGCUACAAAUGGUUCCCAUCACUUCAUGACCGCUGGGAGGGAAAUAAAGCAGACACUUAGUUUGAUUUUAGAUUAUAAGUGAAAUGUAAUGGUGAACCUUGUAAACCUUGUUACCUUAAAGAAUGGGCUUACCCGACCUGUAUUGCUUGUUGCUGUUGUGAGAAUGUAGGGCCAGCAGCUGAAAGUCUGUAAUAUUUUCACAUAUGCUGCCUAGUAGCUCCAGACAGUAGGUGUUGACCUUGCGCUGUGUUGUGUGCCCUCAUCCUCGGUGGCGUGUGAAACUCUUUUUGUGCCUGUAAAUAGCGUCGUUGAGUCCGUCCCCAUUGGACCUAUUCCUUUGUGUCUGAUGAGUACAGAGGAGCAGAGUCUUAGAUUAGGAAGGCUCCCUCCCCCACCCGACCUGGUCCUCCGCUUUCCUCCCGUGGGCGUGGCUGUCUCUUGAUGUGUUCGCCCUGAGCCGUCGUUGGUUGUUCUGACGGAGCAGAGGGAAGGUCAUCAUCAUCAUCAUCAUCACUGCGAGCACCUCCUCCUCCUCCCUCAUUCCUCUCCCGUUUCAUUUCCAUUGGCCUGUGUUUCACACCGAAGGUUUCCUUUUCCAUUUGUAAGGAGGAUCACUUUGGAUUAGCGCUGCAAUUUUAUGAUGCACUUUACCAGUGUGUAGCGCUGGCGCUGGAGGAGGAGUCAUUAUUUCAUCAGCGUUUCACCGUGCCACAGUAUGAGGCUCUGAUCCGCCACUGAAACCGAGGUUUCCCUGAGCUACAUAGAAGAUGUCCACCAUGGUGUAUCCGCGGGAAGAGAAGCUGGAGAAGCUCUCUCAGGAGGAGAUCAUCUCCAACACCAAGCUGGUGAUCCAGGGUCUCGAGGCCCUGAAGAACGAGCACAACUCCAUCCUCCACAGCCUCCUGGAGACAAUCAAGUGCCUGAAGAAGGACGAGGAGGCAAACCUGGUGCACGAGAAGUCCAACCUGCUCCGCAAGUCCGUGGAGAUGAUUGAACUGGGCCUGGGAGAAGCACAGGUGAUGAUGGCCCUAUCCAACCACCUGAACGCCGUGGAGUCGGAGAAGCAGAAGCUGCGCGCCCAGGUGAGGAGGCUGUGCCAGGAGAACCAGUGGCUGCGGGACGAGCUGGCCAACACCCAGCAGAAGCUGCAGAAGAGCGAGCAGAACGUGGCCCAGCUGGAGGAGGAGAAGAAGCACCUGGAGUUCAUGAACCAGCUGAAGAAAUAUGAUGAGGACGUCUCCCCCACUCAGGAGGAGAAGGACCGAGAAACACCGAAGGACUCCCUGGACGACCUCUUCCCAAACGAUGAGGAGGAGCACGGCCAAGGAAUGCAGCACCAACACAACAGCGCGGCCGUGGCUGCAGCCCAGCAGGGGGGCUACGAGAUCCCGGCCCGCCUGAGAACCCUGCACAACCUGGUGAUCCAGUACGCCUCCCAGGGCCGGUACGAGGUGGCCGUCCCGCUCUGCAAGCAGGCUUUGGAGGACUUGGAGAAGACCUCUGGACACGACCACCCUGACGUGGCCACCAUGCUCAACAUCCUGGCCUUGGUCUACAGGGAUCAAAACAAAUACAAAGAGGCUGCCCAUCUGCUCAACGAUGCUCUGUCCAUCCGGGAGAAAACCCUCGGCAAAGACCACCCCGCCGUCGCUGCGACGCUGAACAACUUGGCUGUGCUCUAUGGAAAGAGAGGGAAGUACAAGGAGGCGGAGCCUCUGUGUAAGAGGGCUCUGGAGAUCAGAGAAAAGGUCCUGGGGAAGGACCACCCAGAUGUGGCCAAACAGCUGAACAACCUGGCUCUCCUUUGCCAGAACCAGGGCAAGUAUGAGGAGGUAGAGUACUACUACUGCCGCGCCCUGGAGAUCUACGAGUGCAGGCUGGGCCCAGAUGAUGCCAAUGUGGCCAAAACCAAGAAUAACCUGGCGUCCUGCUUCCUCAAACAGGGGAAAUACAAGGAGGCUGAGAUUCUGUACAAAGAGAUUCUGACUCGUGCUCACGAGAAAGAGUUUGGAUCUGUCGAUGCUGAAAACAAGCCCAUCUGGAUGCAUGCAGAGGAGAGAGAGGAGAUGAGCAAGGGCAAACACAGAGACAACACUCCAUACGGAGAGUACGGAGGCUGGUACAAGGCCUGCAAAGUCAACAGCCCAACAGUGAACACCACCCUGAGGAACCUGGGGGCCCUGUACCGUCGGCAGGGCAAGCUAGAGGCUGCCGACACCCUGGAGGAGUGCGCCGUGAGGUCUCGCAAGCAGAGCAACACAGGCAUCGACCCCAUCCACCAGACGCGUGUGGUGGAGAUCUUGAAGGACACGGACGGCGACAGGCGGAGGAGCAGGGACAGCCUGAGCAGCGUUAAGUACGAGAGCGGCUCCGAGACCGGCGAGGAAGUGAGUAUGGGCGUGGAGUGGAACGGGGACGGUAGCGGGGCCCUCCAGCGCAGCGGCUCUCUGGGGAAGCUCCGGGACGUCCUGCGUCGCAGCAGCGAGCUGCUGGUGAAGAAGCUGCAGGGCAACGGACCGCCGGAGCCUCGCAGCACCAACAUGAAGAGAGCUGCUUCCUUGAAUUAUCUGAACAAAACCAGUGAUGACCCGUUCCAGACUCGGGCUGGCAGUUACUUCAGGGAGAGCCGGGGUCUGAGCUCCAGCACUGUGGACCUCUACUCUGGAAACAGCUGAUCUGUUCAAGGAACCAGAAGAGGCUCCUUCCUUUGGCUCGUCCUCUUGAGCCAUAAUGAUCGCCGCCAUCAUCAUCACUACCAGACCACCUCCCACACACACACACAAACACACACACUUGCCCGUCAGCGUCCAACCCAAAGAGCCAUCUCCUCCAACAUUCAGACCCAAAGACUUUUUCCAGUCAUCAAAACAUAAACGUGCAUAAACUGCAGUUUGUUUUUAAACCCAGGUUGUUGCUUAUUCGUCUUCCAGAGACAGAUUGCCUUAUUAUUAUUAUUAUUAUUAUUAUUAUUAUUAUCUUUAUUAUCUUUUCCCUCAUUCCUGACGUUGGUGUCGCCUCAGUGCCUCCUAAAUGUGGCCAAGACAACAAACCUCAUCGCUCCCUCUUAUUCAUAAUCACUGUGACUCUGCACUUUGGCUGCAUCUGUUGCCAUAUUGUGGCCUGUUCAGGUGUUUUUCUCCUCAUGUUUUGAUUCUGGGAUAUUUGUUUUAUUUUUAAUGCUCUGUGUCUUCUUGUGCCAUUCAUUGGAUUAUUAGUGCAAAUUAGCAAUAAAAUGUCUAUUUUCUCCAAAAAGUAAUAGUAGUAUAGUAAAUAGGUUGGUUGGGUUUGAAAUGACAUGAUUUUGUAAAAAAAAAAAAAAAAAAAAAUUUAAUUUCCAUUUUAUUGUUUUUGCCGACUGAGAUUUAUUUGCGAUGCGAGGUGCUGGUUAAAGCUUUGGGGAACAGGGUGACAUUGAGUCAUGUGAACUUCUUGUUCAUAAGAAGUUUUGGUAAACUGCUGCUUCAACCUUCUACAGCUGUGAGAUCCAAGUGUGUUUUUCUACACAGGUUUCUCUUCCACUGCAGAGAGAAUGCAUUGAUUCAUCUUUAAUUGGUUAUGAUCAGAGAGUACCGAUGAACACGACCAUGGAAAUGUUCAACUUUUUAGACUGUAUAUAUUUAAAAGAAAAGAACCGGUUCUCUUAAUUCAUCCCGGUCAUCCUGAAUGUUCUCUGGUGCCAUGCGGGACUCGCCUGCUUCGAGCCCGUCAUCUUAUAAUGUUGUUUACAGUGAUUCAAAUGUGUGAUACAUAUGUGAUAAUUCUAGUUUUUGCACAAUUCUCAGAUGGGUGUCUUCUGUCUUUGAUUGCAUUUUGUUUUAUUUUUAGUGAAGCUCAAAAGAACUGGGAUGUCUUUUAAUUAUUAUUACUUUUUGAUUGUUUUACAUGUUAAUCUUUUCAGCAUUUGGGAUAAAUGUAUACAUUUGAUUCUGAUCGAAAGUUCACAAAUCAUAGAGUUCAUCAGGAAAUUAAUGAGGAGAAUUGAGUGUCAUAGUUGGUUGCAUGUGCAUCUGUUUGGAUCUGAUCAAUCCCACGUGUCAUGGAGAAUGAGAGCCAAUCGGAACCACUUUCUGAUCAUGAUUCACAAAAUAAAACCUUCAAUUUUC